AAGUACGAAACCAGGAAAAUACUACCCCGACAUAAAUAUUCCAAAUAUUUCUAAAAUUAUUUCCUUAAAAAGUACCCAAAGUUCUUGUUUAGUAACAUCGACUCAAGCAACUUCUAUGGAUGAACCACAAAACUCUGCUGCCGGCGUUAACGAAAUGUUCUGUGAUAAUAUGCAAAAAGUCAAAGACUUUAGCUGCCAAGCAGACACGAUGAGUAGUUGGCCAGGAAUUGAAGUUAUUAUGAAGAGUUAUAAAGAAUAUGAAUCAGCUCGAAAAAAAGAAAUUGUGGACCUUCACAAACGAAACACGAACUUGCGAGUGGAAUCUGCUCACAUUACUCGCGCAGCAUCGCGGGACUCCGAUAGAGCGAGAGCAUUACUCGCCGAACGAAGAAAUUUGGCCAACGAAGAACGCAGUGUUCGAAACUCUAUACAAUGGCUGCACACAAUGGUCGAUCUUAUCAGAAACUAUGAUGACGAAUGCAAUUAAAGGAUUCAAAGCUUUAAAUCGUCAAAAAUAUGCUUCCGACUUGUACUAUACCUUACAACUUUUAAGCUUUUAAUCCAUAUACCUAGUAGGUAUAUGCCUAC